CUUGACUUGCUGAAUUGGGUUUGCUUUAACAAUCCUAUACAGAGCAAUUAUGAUACAAAAAAAAUUAGGUAGCUACAAAGCAUCGCUUUCACUUAUUAAAACUGGCCACUAUGUCUUUGGAACCACUCACUGCAGUCACAACAGUACAAACAGAAAUUUAGCCUCGACCAUAUCAAUUCGGAAUCGUCCACUCAGAUGGUAUUCAACUGAAUCAUCUCCAGCUCUAGCCAGUAACCCUAUAGAAACCAUGAAAAGUAGUGACUACAACACCAGGCACAAAAACCGAUUUGGAGGGGGUUGGCUCUGGCUAAUUCCUGCAGUGACGCUCGGAUUGGGUAUUUGGCAAGUUCAGCGACUGCAAUGGAAAUUACAUCUGAUUGAUCAAGCCCAAUCUCGGAUCCAUCAAAUCCCUCGUGUUCUUUCAUGUGAGAGUGCAAAGGCUACUGUUCCAUCUAGAGAUCAAUUUACUAGAGUCACUGUAACGGGUACAUUUCUACACGACAAGGAGAUCAUGGUCGGUCCACGAGUGUUUCAUGCAGACACCUCGCAAGAUCAAGGAGGCGGUAUCUUGGGUGGUGGAAAACCCGAUAUUGGCUACUUUAUUUUCACACCCAUGGUCAUUGCAGAGUCUACUGUUGGAGCCGAGAAUGCGAUUGUUUUGAUAAACAGGGGUUGGAUACCUAAAGAUGAAUGUGAUCGUCCUCAUCGUAAAGCAAUUACUGGGCUUGUUACUGUGGAUGGUGUUAUACGUGAUGGCGAACCGUGCGGAAAGUUGCAAUCUUGGACAAUAUCCAAUAAACCGGAAAAGGGCGAAUGGUACAGUAUUGAUCUGGAGAAAAUUUCACAAUGGACUGGCUCUCUCCCCAUCAUCGUUCAGAUGGUGAGCGACUCGCCAAUCAAUCAAAAGUUUUCACCAAAUAAUGGCCAACCCUAUCGACCAAAAGUGCAUGCUAAACUACGCAACAACCAUAUGGAGUAUGCCAUAACAUGGUUUGGUCUCUGUGCUGUAAGCACGCUGAUGUUGGCUUCUAAAAAGCGUAUUUUCCGUAAACGUUGA